AAAUUUUUACCAUUUUUCGAAUUCCAGGAGAUUUUGCAAUAUUGCUCCAAACGGGUAUGACAAUCCGCAAGGCGGUUGUGUACAAUUUGCUGUCCUCGGUGCUCAGUCUGCUUGGAGUGCUAGCAGGACUUUGGCUUGGGGAAUUUGAGAACGCUUCUUAUUGGAUUUAUGCUGCCACCGGUGGAACAUUCCUUUACAUAUCCUUAGCAACACUGGUACCAGAAAUGCAAAAGCAAUGCAAGACAAUUUUAGACGUUGUUUUGGUUCUGGGAGGUAUGUUUUGCGGGGGUGCGAUCAUGUUUGUCAUCGCCUGUUACGAACACACGCUUGAAGAGUUCCUGAACGAAGAAUAUGUUUAAAAAUACAAUUCAUUUUUAUUUUUUACAGAAGAUAUUUAUUUUUAUUUUUUAAAAAGCAAAUGUACAUUUUCUCACUCUUUGUAAAUAAAAUAUAUAAAUAAUAAACUGUUUUUUAAAAAAUACAUCACGUUUUGGUUGUUAAGUUUACAGAUGGGCAUGAAUGUUAAAACUUAUACAUAAGUUCAAGUUGAUCUCUUUGGUCGAAUAUAUUUUGGCAGGUUUGAAAACCAUUGUUGUUUUUAUUAUAUAAAAAAAUGAACUACAUUGUUUUUAAUGUGUAAAAACAAUAUUAUUUUGUAGAAA